AUAAUUAAAGCAUGUUUCUAGCUGACCAUGGAAGAAUAACACAUAUAAUGAAUCAGUGUGUUAUCAUUUUCCACUACUAUAAGCCAUCACAUGAUGUAUUAAUUCUCUAUGCUUUUCUAAAACACACACACACAUACACCACACUCUUAAAUAUACAUGCCUGUUGUUUUUAACAGAAGAGCAUCCUCAGUAUGUCUCAAAUAGUGAAAAAUCCUGUUUAUAUUCUUGCCAGCCCCAGUUUAUGCUUUACAAGAAUUUAUUCUUCCUUUUAAGACCCACAGGGUAUCCUAAUCCCCCCCCCUUUUUUUCUUUUUUUUUUUUUUUUUUUUUGGCUGGUAGAGCCUCUGCACUUUAGGGGCAAAUGGCUCUUUCUUCCUUGAUCCCAAGGCAGAGUCAAAAUGAAAAAUAACAGACUUAAAUGACCAGCCUCCUUCACGUCACCUCCGACUUCUCCUCAUUCAAAGGGGUAGCUUGGGCGGCAGGUGGAGUUAUAAUUAUAGAUUAAAAAAAGCCGGAUCAGCAGCUGUUGCUCCUGUUUGUCCCUGGCUCUCACUGUCAUCCAUGGGCACCUUGGCAUAAACAGGCCUCCACAAGUGGAAAGACAUUUAACCCCUGUGCUUGUCACACUCUGGGUCCUCUCAGUGACCAAGAGAACAGAAAGAAAAUCUGACUCUGCAUGAGUGAGGGGUAAACCGAGAGAGUGCAACUGCGACCCGAGGGCACCUCCGCCUGGAGCCUGGAGAUUUUCUUUCCUGUUGGAGACUCUGAACCAAACAAUAGAAAAAAAAAAAAAAAAAACACUAUCCAAGAUGACUGUCACUUACUCCAGUAAAGUAGCAAAUGCGACUUUUUUUGGAUUUCAUAGGUUACUCCUCAAGUGGAGAGGCAGCAUCUACAAACUACUGUACAGGGAAUUUAUUGUCUUUGCUGUUCUUUACACAGCAAUAAGUUUGAUGUACAGAUUCUUACUUACAGGAGCCCAAAAACGUUACUUUGAAAAAUUAUCAAUUUACUGUGACAGAUAUGCUGAACAAAUUCCAGUAACCUUUGUGCUUGGGUUUUAUGUUACUCUGGUAGUGAACCGAUGGUGGAACCAGUUUGUGAAUCUGCCCUGGCCAGACAGGCUGAUGUUUCUCAUCUCCAGCAGUGUUCACGGAAGUGACGAGCACGGGCGCUUGCUCAGAAGGACACUGAUGCGCUAUGUCAAUCUCACAUCCCUGCUCAUCUUCCGCUCAGUGAGCACAGCUGUGUACAAAAGGUUUCCGACGAUGGACCACGUGGUUGAAGCAGGUUUUAUGACAGCAGAUGAAAGAAAAUUAUUUGACCACCUCAAAUCUCCUCAUCUGAAAUACUGGGUUCCAUUCAUCUGGUUUGGAAAUCUCGCAGCUAAAGCCCGGAAGGAAGGUAGAAUCAGAGACAGUGUUGAUCUGCAAUCAUUGAUGACUGAAAUGAACCGAUUUCGCUCCUGGUGCAGCCUCUUAUUUGGUUAUGACUGGGUUGGGAUUCCACUGGUUUACACCCAGGUUGUCACGCUGGCUGUCUAUACCUUCUUCUUCGCGUGCCUGAUUGGACGCCAGUUUUUGGAUCCCACCAAAGGCUACGCGGGGCAUGACUUAGAUCUUUACAUUCCCAUCUUUACUCUCCUACAAUUCUUCUUCUAUGCAGGAUGGCUCAAGGUAGCCGAGCAGCUUAUCAACCCUUUUGGAGAAGAUGAUGAUGAUUUUGAAACUAACUGGUGCAUUGACAGAAAUCUGCAGGUCUCUCUUUUGGCCGUGGAUGAAAUGCACAUGAGCUUACCCAAGAUGAAGAAGGACAUUUACUGGGAUGAUUCUGCUGCUCGACCACCAUAUACACUGGCAGCAGCUGACUACUGCAUACCCUCAUUUCUGGGGUCAACAGUCCAAAUGGGGCUGUCCGGGUCUGACCUGCCGAGUGAGGAGUGGCUGUGGGAUUAUGAGAAGCACGGCCAUCGCCGUUCCGUGAUUAGAAGGGUCAAGCGGUUCCUGAGCGCCCACGAACACGCCGCCAGCCCCAGGAGGAGAAGUUACGGGAGGCAGGCCAGUGACAGCUCCAUGUUCCUCACCCCGAGGGACCUCAGCCCUGCCAGGGAUCUGCUGGACGUGCCCCCGAGGAGCCCUCACCGUGCCUCGGCCCCCUGGAAGGAGCCGUGGCCCGCAGAGGGGAGCCCCAAGGUGCACUCCAGCCUGGGAGAGCUGUCCACCAUCAGAGAGACCAGCCUGACGCCCCAGUCCAGCGUGAGGGGCUCCCCCACCAAAACGCCGCAGGUCCCCGAGGUGCGGGUCACAGCACCAGUGCCCCCGGCGGAGGAGGACCACUACGACUCCACAGCCUCCAUCCAGAGCUCUGACUUUACUGGGGUUCAGCCGAGCGGGACUGGGCAGCAGGAGGACCCUGUGGGAUCCAUCCCGUUCCCCUCAGAGAAAGGGACACCUCCUCAGGACCCCAGCUUCCAGACUGUUCCAGCCAAAGCUGAGGGAAACAUCCUCAAGUUCGCUUCCGGGGAGGAUCUUCGGAAGAAUGACAAGUCCCCUCAGAGGUGGAGCCUCCCGGGGUUGCUAGGGUCCAGCCACACCUCCCUGGCAGCCCCAAGUCUGGCUCCCACGAGCCCUGAGCCAGUUUCUUUACUUGACACAGAAGCAUCCUCAGACACCAGUGGAAUCAACUUUGUGGCUGGUUCUCGAGUGUCCCCUGAUGUGCUGUAUUUAAUGGAAAACCUGGACACCAAGGAAACGGAUAUCAUUGAGUUUAACGACGAGCAAACGGAGGAGUCCCCCAAAGGAAGGCCAGAAAGCUCUCGGACCUGGUUCUAACUCAGAUUCUUACUUUCCCCAAAGUUCAAGCAUGAGUUCCAGAACAUACCUGGGGCCUGGUCAGGUGUUUUUUAAAAAUGAUCAUACUGUAUAAGCUACUGAAAACUUUGAAGGGCAUUAUUAUGAUCCUGACCUUCUGGGAACCGAGGAAAUGAAACACAUGCAUGCCAUCCAUGACAAAGUGACUUUCAUAGAAGUUAUGCAGACCACAGGGACAGAUCUUAACCAAAUCAGGACUCUUAAAAACAUGCACAUGACUUACAAAGCACAGACUGUGAGCGUUGCAAAGGGCCUUAUAGAUCACAGUUCUGCCAAGAGGGAGACAAAGGAGUCUCUCUUUCCUUCCCCCUCUUUCUCUUCCUCUCCCUCCCCCUCUUCCACCUCCUUCUCCUCCUCCUCCUUCUUCCUUUCUUCCUCUUCCUCCUCUUCUUCUUUUUCUUUUUUUUUUUUUUUGUUGGCCACACCCUCAGCAUAUGGAAGGUCCCAGGCCAGGGACUGAAUCUGAGCCAUAGCUGGGACCUAUGACCUAGGCCACAGCUGCAGCAAAGCUGCAUCCUUAACUCACUGUGCUGGGCUGGGGUCAAACCUUUGGCAUCACAGAGACACCACCAGAUCCUUAAGCUGCUGCACCACAGCAGAACGCCUCCCCUUUCUUCUUUCCUUCGGUUAUAAAGACAGGGAGAUGGAUCAUAUAAUGCCUCAAAAGCUCCUUCCUAAUUCCGAUUUCUCAUUCAAGGCUUUCUAACCACCUCACCCCUCUUUCUAUAACUAUUAUCAUUUCCUACUUCUUAAGCUUCAUCAGCAUCAGAAAGCUCCAUCUCCCUUUAGUUUCUUUUGUGAUCUUGGAGACUUCAUUUUUCUCUCUUGCACCUUUAUUCUCUCAACCUUUUGUCCUUUUCGUCUCCCUAGGCUUUCUCCUUCUCCAGGGACCCACCUUUUUUUUUUUUUUUUUAAUUACUCAAUGGAUUUUAUUACAUUUACAGUUGUACAACUAUACAUUUAUAGAUAUAAUAUUUAUGGUUGAUUGUUGUACUGCUAUAAAUGAGACCUACGUUUCACGCUGUAGUAUUUUUUCCUGGUGACUCUCUUGCUUACUUCCUGCCACAGUGUUCAGAGUACAAGGCAUUUGCAAAGCCUCCUCGAAAGCAAUCAAAGUGUCCAGCCUGACAAAUCCAGGCUGACACCUUCUAGCUCCUCGGUGUCUGCCCGCACCCUGGGCUCCCUGGCCAUCUCCUUCUGUGUCUACUCUUAGGUCUUGAACACUAGAGAAGUCUCCAGAACAUGACACCUACCUAACCAAAUGCUACGGAACCAAAUACAAGGCUUGCAGCCAUUUCACUCAGAGUCUUAAAGUACAAAUCCCAAUCAUGUCACCACAUGGGACCAGUUACUGUGUCUUCCAGGUUGUUUGGGAUGAAGUAGGGUGUUGCAGCUGGGAGGUUAAGGGGGUCCAGGACUGCACGAUGGGGAUGCGGGGUGACUAACUCCCUCCAAGGAGUUCUUGGGGUGGCUGUUUGUUGGGGGCUUCCAACGUUUCCCAGAAGGCCACGUCUUGAGAAUACUGCUCUCACUGUUUCUGUCAUCGGAUGAAGACGCAUAUGGCUUAAGAAACAAAAUAACCCUAAUUGCUGCCCCUUAUUGAGUGUUCACAGCAGUCUAUAAAGUUCACAGGUAAUCCCACGAAUCCCCACAGGAGUCCUAUGAAUUGAUACACUAUUAUCUCCAGUUUAAAGAUGGAGAAAGUAGAGCUUUAGAGAAGUAAUAUGACUAACGUCACAUCACUGGGAAGUGGCAGAACUUGGAUUCAAAUCCAGGUUUACCUGACUUAAGAGCCCUCACUCUUGUCGAGUGUGCUGCAUCCAUGCUGUGCUGUCUGAAGGGCGUGGGAUUUGCCAGCAAUUUUUUUUUUUUGUCUUUUUGCCAUUUUGGGGGCCGUUCCUGCGGCAUAUGGGGGUUCCCAGGCUAGGGGUCGAAUCAGAGCUGUGGCCACCAGCCCACACCACAGCUCACAGCAACGCCAGAUCCUUAACCCACAGAGCAAGGCCAGGGAUCAAACCUGCAACCUCAUGGUUCCUAGUCAGAUUCGUUAACCACUGAGCCAUGACGGGAACUCCCUGCCAGCAAUUUGCCCAGAGUUCCAGAGGAUGCCUGUGGGAGCCAGGCUGAAAUCCCUCCAGCCUUGGAGGCAGUUCUGCAUCUGCCCUGCUUGUGUACUUGGACCUUGUAUGCAUGCCUACAGGAGGGCAGUGCUCCACCUUGGAGUCUAGCCAUGGUCCUCUUCAUCAUUCUGACAGUAGAAAGUCAGCAGCACCUUCUCUUCCUCUUUCCAUGCUUCCCAAUAUGCAGGGCUAUAAUUAGCAUAUUCUUAUAAGACAUCGCAUCCCACGGGGCCACUCUAGCUACAUGACCCCAGUGAUAUUUAGUUGAACUGACUUUUCUCAAAAGACUAAAAGGAAAUAAUACUGGAAGAAAUGGUUCUCUCGGUUGGUCAAGAGUGUUAGCACCUGGGAAAGGCACCCAUAUUUCCGAAGCAUGAUAUACAGACUACGCGAUCAGGCCCUCAGCACAGCUCAAAUGCAGGAGCCCUAAUCUUCUCCCAGCCUCCUGACUAUCUUCUUGGAUGUUUCAACUUAAAUCUUCUCUUUUCUUUGGCUUUAAUCUGUUGCUCACAUUCAAGUAAGUUUCUACUUAGCUGCUUUUGAAAUAGAAUCAAUUUUUGUUCCUAAAUCCAAGGUGAUAAAUUAUACACAAAUAGAAUCAUAUGUUUUGUGGAGGACUAGGAGAGAUCAUUUAUCUCUGCUUCCCUCUAUCCCUUAUGCACCUUGGCCCAAGGGAUUAUUUAAUUUCCUCAACAUUUCAUCAAAAUUUGAGGUGGCCUCUAUUUCCUCCUCACACUGAAAACUGAAAAACAACUCCUUUUGAUGAGCCCAUGGGGUUGAGUUCAGCUGUAAACUCAAGCCAGCAACUGCCCAGAUGGGAUGAAGAAAUUCUCUCUUCACUAGAAAAUGAGUUUUUACCCGACACAGACCAAAGCUGCAAAACCAAAAUGAUUUCUUCUCCUGUGCCCGCCUGUAUUGUCUGCCUAGCCCAUUUUCUCCUGGGCUCUGGAAAUUCACAACCACGGGAUGAAUGGUCACAGGGUCCAGCUGCUUAGUCGUUGGGGCUCAUCCAUUCCAAGAACAGGCUCAGCUCUGCUCUGCAUUCAAUGGAAUUCUCAAGCAGGGAAUUCCCUCUGGGCACAGGGAAGUCAAGCCCUACUUAACUGCAUUUUUUCUCUGUUCUCCAGAGAGAUAACUCUGCUCUGAUGCUGGGGUCCACAGGUCAGUAGAGAUAAAGGCCCAUGGGCUUUUUCUUUGUCACGCAAGAAUUUAGGGAUGACUGCCACCCCCCAAAACAAAGAAGGCUGUUCUCUCCCCUUCACUGUCCUGUCAACCUCUUAAGACAUUGCCUCCAGAACACCAGGCAUCCAUUUCAAUCCAGUUUGGCAAAGUUAUGGGAAAACAUAUUUUAAACAGAAUGGAGAAAUAUAUAAUCUACCAUUAGUUUAAAGAAAAGCUUACUUAAAUAUACACCCCUCUUUUUUAGUGUUCUCCCGUUAUAGCUUACUCCUUCUGCAGAGAAAUUAAGCCAAUCUUCAGUCUUCCUUAAGAGACCUUCUAUUUUUUUUUUUGGCUUUGGUCUUUUUAGGGCCUCACCCGUGGCAUAUGAAGGCUCCCAGGGUAGGGGUCGAAUCGAAGCUGCAAUUGCCGGCCCACACAACAGCCACAGCAACACGGGAUCCGAGCCGCAUCUGCAACCUACCCUACAGCUCAUGGCAACGCUGGAUCCUUAACCCGCAGAGUGAGGCCAGGGAUCCAACCCAAGUGAGUCGUCAUGGAUGCUAGUUGGGUUCACUAACUGCUGAGCCUGACGGGAACUCCUCUGAGAACUUCUUAUCACAAAGUCUGCUCUCUGAGGAUCUGCAGAGCCCAGGCAACCGUGUGGUGUGAUGGGAGGAAGACAAGAAACUCAGUGUGUGACACCCACCCCCACCCCUGCUCCCUGCCCACUGAGUGUGUGAGAGGGCCUCCUGCUUCUGUCUCUCACAUUCUCAUCUGUGAGAUGGGCUCAUCUGCUAUGUCUCGCUGGCAGUCAUGAGGAGUCACGGGAGUUUAUGUGAGAAGGCGGGAGCCCCAGGCAGCGCUCUGACAGUCACAAGUGGGGACUGAUGCCCAUGGAUUCACCACCAUCCACAGAAGAAAGGCCUUCUCCCUCAACCAUGAUGGAAAAAACAAAAAUAAAAAGAGAAAAAAAAAAAGAGAGAGAGAAAAAAAAUUAAAAAUUAAAAAUAAAAAGAGAGGAAAAAAAAGGUCUUCUCCUGCCCACUGCAGUCAUUUGCUUAUUCUCCAGGAUUCUAAUCUCCCUCCUUCAGAAAGCUUGUCAUUUCUCUUUGGGCUUCUUAUUCUUUUUUCCCUUUCAUAUGCUUCCCAGUGUCUCCCAUAUCUUCCUUCUCUCCAGUGUUUUUCUCAUUCCUUCCCUCCCCACAAUAUCCCAGGUUCAUCACCAUGGUGAUAAAAUCUGCCCCUAACCCUUCGAUCAAUCCCCUCAAUCAUAAUUUGAAAGUAGAGAAACAUCAAUUGCCUUUUUCUUUCCACCAUAAUUCUAGAGGAUUGAGCACCCCUAGUUGGUAGUUAGAGGACCCUCUCAGGGCAUCUCAUCUCCCUAAAUCAGGUCCCGCAUCAGUUAAAGAGCAAUAAUAACUACAGCUGUAAAAAAUUCCUAAGCAAGAGCCAGAUUGGACUUGAAUUCCCUUCCUCUUCACAAUCAUCCUCUGCAUGAUCAGCAACAGUCAUUUUCUGAAGUGCUGCGGUAUCAACUGGAAUAGCCAAGCAUUUUCCUCAUUAUGUCUUAUCGAACAAUCUCCCGGUAGAUCCUCAGUCUUUUCAUAUGCUUUCUGUUUUCAUUGGUUCUAUGAAACCCAAUUUUUAGCACAGUCUUUUCCUAGGACAGUGGGACAGUGAUGGCUAUUGACUCAAAAGAACCAACUCAAAACUCCCAGCAUUGUUCUCUUCUUGCAAAUCAUAGAAAACCCUGGCUGUGGGAAAAGGAAAACUGAAGCAAUUACCCUGGAAAAAUAGAGGCACAGAAAAACUAUAUUUGCCCUGAUUCCUCUAUUAACUCAAUGUGGAGAUUCAGCUUUUGUGUUUUGCUUUAUUUCUGAAUUAGACCAGAACAUGGGCCCCAGCCUUGGUUUCACAAGUAGAUGUGGCCAGACGGUUACCUGGAAUCAUCUUCUCUGAACAUCUAGUCUUAGACAUUUACCUAACAGAAGCAGCAAAAGGAAUGUUGUAUCUUGUAUCCUGAAAACAGAUGAGAAUAUUCCUCAAAUAGGUUUUGUACAGAAAUGCUAAGGUGUCCCAAGGUCUUUGUCUAGCUAACAGUGAUGCAUCUGAGGCAAUUUUGUACCCAGGAAGUAUUUGGCAAUGUCUGGAGACGUUUUGGGUUGUCACGCUGGGGGGUGUUACGGGCAUCUUAUGGGCGGAGGCCAGGGAUGUUGCUAAACAUUCUGCAACGCAAAGGUCACACACCCACAACGACUAUCAAGCCCUGACUGCCGAGCUCCCGAGCUCAGGAAACCUGGUUUAGGCUAAUAGGAAGGUAGAAAUGAGAUCAUCACCAAGGAGAUUAAUGAAGAGACAUGAGCUAGAGAAAGAAACAGAACUAGAAGAGAAAAGAUGAAUCUAGCAACUGGCUAACUUCUUAUUCUGUGUACGUGCUAUGAACUAAGAACCAUUUCUCCUUGGAUGCUAUGGAUCUGAUAGGUCGAAUCUAGAAAAACUGGAUGGGAACCCAGAAUUUCACUCUUAGAGAAUUCCAUGGAUGACUCUUUCCAGCACACCAUUGCUAGCAUGACUAUAAUGUCCUGAGAAUGGAGCUUAGAUUAAACACGUUAUGCCAAAUAUUAUAUAAGAGUUUGUGCCAGGAGUUCCCGUUGUAGCUCAGCAAUAACGAAUCCGACUAGGAUCCAUGAGGAUGUGGGUUUGAUCCC